AGUGCUGACUUCCGUUGGCAACAUAGUAUUGUUUUCGCGCGGGUUAUACGAGAGUGCGUACUGCAAAUCUUUACAGGAACGCUUGGUUAGAUAAUUGCUGAAACAAUAUCCCAAACAGGAAUGGAUACUAGUUACGUUACACAGCUUACAACGGACGUAAUACGGAAGGAUGUUCGCGUUCCAGUGGGUAGCGUCAUGGUGGCGGAUAAAUGGGCGAAUACAGAACUGCUAACAGUUCUCAAGAAAGUGGGGCGUCCCAUUGUAUCACAUGAUCUGGGUCUGGUUGACUUCUAUCCAAGUAGUAACAGCGCCGUCCUAUAUGCUACUGAAGGAGACUUGAUCGAUGAGUCUGUUCUCAAACGAAAAAUCGUGAAGCUGAGAAAGAACAAUUCCAAGAAUGCCUAUGUCUUUGCAGAACUUACGCAAAUGUCUAAAGCACAUUAUGAUAGCAUCCAGAGGUUUUCUGUCCUGGAACUCGAUAUUCCAGUUUUACCCGUUGCCUGCCAAGCUGAGGCAGCACAGUUACUGGCUGACAUGGAACAUGUGGCAAAUUCAGAACAACGUAAUCCUUUCUUACUGAAGUGGAGAGCCCCUCCUCCAUCUACUUCCAUGGCUACAGCACUGAAAACAAUUCCUGGUAUCGGUGAAGUGAAAGUAAAUGCUAUCCUCAAAGAAUAUAACAAUUUGAAGUCAGUUUCUGAAGCCACCUUGGACGACCUAACAAGAAUAAUUGGUGCUGCUGCUGCUUCUAAAGUCUUCAACUUCUUUAGGAAAGACUGUCAUGGUGGAAGACAGUUCUAGCUGUAUUUACUAACAUAUAAUAAAUUACUUUUCUGGGA